UCCCGAUGCCAUGGCCUCCCCAGUGCCUCGCUCUGCCAGUGGAGGCCGAGACGGGAUCUACCGCAAGGAGCAUGGUCCCUCCCCACCUCACUUGCGACACAUUCGCUCCCUGCCUGACGUCUGCCCAAAAGAGCCAACCGGUGAGGGGCGGGGCCUGUGCAAUGGUCCGUCUGUGUUGGCAGAGCAUGAUCGGUGGACGGUGUACAGUUCGAAGGUCAACCUCCCCGCUGCACUAAAUGACCCGCGACUCGCCAAACGGGAGUCUGACUUUUUCACCAAAACAUGGGGGCUGGACUUCACAGAGGCAGAGGUGAUGCCCUCCUUCUACCUCCCCAACAUCACCAGGGAACACUUCGGGCCGUACAUGCAGGAGAUGAGUCAG